CUCCCCGUGGGCCGAGCAGCGGCGGCGCUGAGCGGUCAGGGCGGAGCGGAGGAGCCGGUGACUCAGCGACGUCCGCUGGAGCGAGGCUGAGCGGUGAGGACCUGCAGCUGCGGCGCUGAAGACCCCCGGGUGGGAGAGGGGUAAUCUCGAGCGGACCAGGGCCACCACGGAGGUCCCAGCAUGCACCGACUACCGGGGAGAGUGGGGGAGGACAGCCUGAUCGAGAUGAGUCCCACCGACUCCUUAAGCGAUGACGUUAAUGGGUAUCACCACAACGCCUCAUCCAGCGCAGGAUCUUUCCAGGAUGGACAGCCAACGUGUCCCCGAACACCCGAAGUAUGCCCAGAGACCUGCGAGUCUCUCAGCAGCAGCCUGGCCUCCCUGGCCUCGUCCACCCGCAGUGACACUCCACAGUACGAGUCUCAAACCUCCGAGCAGAUCAGUGCUUUGACGGGGUUUUGGAGAAAGCGGGCACUAUUCCUGAAGUAUCGUUCCAGGGUUGACAAACAAAGACAGAGCAAAGACUCUGUGUUCUUCUGUGACGGAAGGCGCAGGAUUGAUUUUGUCCUGUCUUAUGUUGAUGAUAAAGAUGGUGAAAGAAAACAGGAGAGGAGGAGAGUUUAUGAGGCCAAUUUAGCGAAGGAGGGCCUGGAGCUGGAAACGGAGGACAAAUUAAACUCGGAUGACGGGAAUACCUACUUUGUGAAGAUCCACGCCCCGUGGGAAGUGUUGGCCACCUACGCCGACGUGCUGAAGAUCAAGGUUCCAUUCAUGGCCAACGACAUCGAAGAAAACAACGAGAUGCCCAUGAACUGGUUGUCCACGCCUUUUCGUCUGCCGGAGCACAUCAUGCACCCCUCGCCGGACCACUUCACCGCCCCCUUCAACAAGACCAAGACCGACUUCUUCCUCAUCAAAGACAAAGACACCUUCUUCCCUCCCUCCACUCGCAACAGGAUAGUCAAUUACAUCUUGUCCCGCUGCUCGUACAUCAGUGAAGAAUGUGGAGACAGAGACAAGAAGGGAAUCAAGAGGUUGCUGAACAACGGCAGCUACACCGCCGCCUUCCCUCUGCAUGACUCGAGAUAUUGGACAAGAUCGAAGGACGUCAACUGUGAAAGUGAGAGAUACAAUCUGUACAACCACUGGGCCGGCUUCCUGUCGUUCUUCAAGGAGCAGCCGCUCAACCUCAUCAAGAAGUAUUACGGAGAGAAGAUCGGCAUUUACUUCGCCUGGCUGGGUUUUUACACCGAGAUGUUGUUGUUCGCUGCAAUUGUUGGAACCAUUUGCUUCGUUUACGGGGUCCUUACUUACGACGACAACCAGUGGAGUAAAGAAAUAUGUAGCGCGGAAAUUGGAGGAAAUAUUGUCAUGUGUCCACUUUGUGACAAAAAGUGUAGCUUCUGGAAACUCAACACGACGUGCAACUCCUCGUGGCAAUCGCACCUCUUUGACAACGUGGGGACGGUGUUUUUUGCCAUUUUCAUGGGACUGUGGGUAACGCUGUUUCUGGAGUUCUGGAAAAGGCGGCAGGCCCGUCUCGAGUACGAGUGGGAUCUGGUGGACUUUGAGGAGGAGCAACAAAAGCUGCAGCUUCGCCCAGAGUACGAGACCAAGUGCACCGACCGCAAGCUGAACCGCAUCACUCAGGAAUCAGAGUUGGUUCUUGUCAGGACCACAACAGAUCUAGUGGGGAAAAUAGUUCUGUGCUGGGCCACGGUGAUCCUCUGGAUCUCGUUGAUCAUUGCUUGCAUCAUUGGUGUCAUAGCGUACCGCCUGGCGGUUUACGCUGCCUUCGCCAGCAUCAUGAAAGACAGUCCCACGGUCCAGCUGGAUGUGGUGGGCCCUUACAUCACACCACAGCUGGCCACCUCUGUCACCGCCUCUUGCAUCAACUUCAUCAUCAUCAUGAUUCUCAACCUCAUGUAUGAGAAAGUGGCCGUUUGGAUCACUGACAUGGAAAUCCCAAAGACCCACCUGGAGUAUGAAAACAAGCUGACAGUGAAGAUGUUCCUCUUUCAGUUUGUCAACUACUACUCGUCGUGCUUCUACGUGGCGUUCUUUAAGGGCAAGUUCGUUGGCUAUCCGGGGGAUUACGCUUACAUGUUUGGCGAGUGGAGCAAACUGAGGAAUGAAGAGUGUGAUCCUGGGGGCUGUCUGAUCGAGCUGACCACCCAGCUGGUGAUCGUGAUGACUGGCAAACAGGUGUGGGGCAACAUCCAGGAAGCGCUGGUCCCGUGGCUCAUGAACUGGUGGGGCAGCAGAAAGGCUCGCAACCACCCAGAGAGUGUGUACACCCGCUGGGAGCAGGACCACGACCUCCAGGCCUUUGGCGAGCUGGGCCUCUUCUACGAGUACCUGGAAAUGGUGAUCCAGUUUGGUUUCAUCACACUGUUCGUGGCCUCCUUCCCCUUGGCGCCCCUCUUGGCACUUAUCAACAACAUAAUCGAGGUCAGGGUGGAUGCCUGGAAGCUCACCACUCAGUUCAGACGUCCCAUGGCAGCCAAGGCCCACAGCAUCGGAGCCUGGGAAGAGAUCCUCAGUGGAAUAGCUGUGCUCUCUGUUGUCACAAACGCAUUCAUCGUGGCCUUCACCUCCGACAUGAUCCCUCGGCUGGUGUACAUGUACGCCUACCAGCCGCAGGGCGAGAUGAACAUGAAGGGCUACAUAAACAACAGCCUGUCUGUGUUUAAUAUCUCUGAGUUCAAACCGGCCAACAGGCCAGAAGACGGGGAGAACCCUAUCUGGUUCAACAGCUCCAUCACCACCUGCAGGUAUCGUGACUACCGCUACCCUCCUGGGCAUGAGAAGGAGUACUCUCACACCAUGCAGUUCUGGCAUAUUUUGGCUGCCAAGUUGGCUUUCAUCAUUAUUAUGGAGCAUGUUGUUUUUUUCGUCAAGUACUUUGUGGCCUGGAUGAUUCCCGAUGUUCCUUCCGAGGUCCGAGCACGAAUCAAGAGGGAGCGCUACCUGGUGCAGGAGUCUCUCCACAACUAUGAGGUGGAAAAGCUGAAGAACCAGCUCAGCAGACAGACCCAGGACGAGUGCGCCUGCACACCGAUGAUCUAUCCGUCGUUAACCAAACACGAGGUGCUGUCGGAGUGCCUCUAACCCAGCGAGCUGCUGGGCAGUGAGUCAGACAUCGUGAUGUAGAUUUAUCCGCUCGUGCAUUCUGAUAGCGACCAUCACUGUGCUGCGUUGCCUGUCGAGUCCACAUGCAGACGCUUCCACCAAAGACAGAGCCUAACUCACUUCACAGCCUUCCCUCCACUACUUACCUGCUGGCGAUGGAAAAGCACAUCACUGAAAGACCAAAUCUCUAUGCAUGCUGACAUCUGGAGGCACUUGAAUGUACACAUCUGUCUCACAUGUAUGUACACAUCUGUCUCACAUGUAUGUACACAUCUGUCUCACAUGUAUGUACACAUCUGUCUCACAUGUAUGUACACAUCUGUCUCACAUGUAUGGCUUUUCUCUCUCGCGUGUUGUAACUGUAAGGAUAAAGAUAACUGAAUUUGGCGUGAGGAAGAAGGAAAUCGUCUCGACUGUGUCUAAAGCAGUUUGCUCACCUUUGUUUUAAUGUAAGACUAUUUAUUUUAAGUGCCACUAUAAGUAACCUCGAUGCCUUAAUAUAUCACACACUAAGCUUUGGUUGUGCAAGUCAGGUGGCGAGUUUUGUAUUUCAUGUACAGAGAGCGAGAAUGUCUGGUGUCACAUCACUCUCUUCUCUGUUUAACCAAAAACUAUGAGCUUUGAUAACCUCUCAGCCUUUACGUUGCAGCACAAAUGUAACAUUUGAUUUAAUAUAAGUCCUCAUUUCCCUCUUCACGGGCUGUUAUCAGGCCUGGACCCACUAAUACGUUUCCUCAUAACCGUCCAUCGGUGUUCUCAGGCCGAAGCCUGUCAUGUGCAGAAGCUUUUUAUGAAGAAAAAACUGCUGCUGUUGCUACGGUGGCAGGGACGGACGUUGUCCUGCUGUCCUGCUGUCCGGCCACAUGCAUGCUGACUCCCGUCAGUGACCUUGAAGAUGAGAGGUAGGAGCUUCGAGAGGGGAGACGUGCCCGUGUUUACCAACACUGCAGCUGAUGAAAGCCUGCUCCGCUCACCCAGCUAUGUUUGCUUUAUCACGCCGAGCACAUCAGCCGUCGCCUGCUGCACCUCCUGUGCUUCUGCUCCUCGGUUGUCUGUUGAGAACAAAAGAUGGACAUUCUCUCUUCUUUUUUUUUUUACCUUUGCACAAAGCACUUAAAGAAACACGACUAUCAACACAUGAACCUUGCAGCCUUAUUGUUGUCAUCGUUUUAUGAAUUCAUGAUCCGUGUUUUGAAGUAGCAAAGUGUGAUGAGUUUUAGUGUCGGUAAGGUGGCGUGUGUGUGUGUGUGUAUAUAUGUACACACACCUGUGUAGAGAUAUGUGAGAGGUACACUGAAGCCUUAAUACAACCAAGACUUUGUUUUUUACUGUUUCUCUUUACUUGUUCUAUUUUAUUUUAUUUUUUUAUGUUCUCUCCUAUUUGGCUUUAGUAAUUGUAGUAUUUUUAUUUUAUUAUGCUUAGAGCAGGAAAAGGUCAACGUAUUUAAUGUAUUCUGUUACAUUUUUGCUUUUUUUUAAAUAAAAUUAUUCUUUGUUCUGUCAUUUUUUAUGCCAUAUAUCCAAAUAUACAAUGUAAUAAAGAUACAUCUCUAAAAUAAAGCACCAGUUCAGCUUG